AUGGCUUCUAAGCGCAAGGCCGACGACUUUAUAUAUACCCUAUCUGAUAACGAGGAGCUUCCCAAUGAAGAAGAGGUCAUACCCGAGCCGAACCCACCAAAGAAAAAGGCCAAGAAAAAUAAGCGACCUACUCAAUUAGACGAUGACGAAAAUGGUGUCUGGGGCAAGAAAGAUGAGGAUGAUGGAGCAAUGGAUUCCGACUUCGAGUUUGCAGAGGAUGGUACUACAGACUUUAGGGCGGAGGAUUUCGAAGGUUGGGGCUUUGAUGGUGCGAAAAAGGGCAUGAACGGAAACGUAACGAAGAGGCUUGUUGACGUGGACGAGAUCGUGCGAAGAAGAAGGGGCACUCAGGGGGAUACUGAAGUAGAUAACGAGAAGAAAGAAGUCGCAGAUGGUGCUAGUAGCGAACUUGAAGACGAAGAUAUCGAACUUGACGACCAGGACGACGAAGUUUUAGCUGAAGAUGGAUUUGGUAUGGGUGCUGCUUCGGACGAAGAAUCAGGCGAUGAUAGGGCAGAAGACGAUUCUGAUCAGGAUGAAAAUGACGAGAAUGAUGCCUCGGAUAACGAUUCUGUCGCAACCCCCGUUGAUCACCCUGAUGACGAAGGAGAAUCCGACGAAACGGACGAUGAGGAAGAUUCCGAAGAAGCCGCUAAGAGAGCGGCCUUCUUCGCACCUGAAGAGAAGAAGCCAGCUGGGAAGCACAAUGGAAAGUCUUCGUUCCAAACAAUGUCCCUUUCACGACCGAUUUUGCGCGGUCUUAAUUCUGUUGGCUUUAACGAACCCACUCCAAUCCAAGCGAAAACAAUACCACUCGCGCUAGAAGGAAAAGAUCUAGUUGGCGGCGCAGUUACAGGCUCUGGAAAAACUGCUGCUUUCGUUGUUCCCAUCUUAGAAAGGCUGCUGUACCGACCAAAUAAAAUCCCCACGAGCCGCGUGGUUAUUUUAACUCCUACCCGAGAACUCGCCAUACAGUGUCACGCAGUUGCAACCAAACUCGCUGGCCAUACGGAUAUAAAGUUCUGUCUGGCAGUCGGUGGAUUGAGCUUGAAAGUUCAGGAAGCAGAACUACGUCUAAGACCCGACGUUAUUGUUGCCACUCCGGGUAGAUUUAUCGAUCAUAUGCGUAACUCGGCUAGCUUUUCGACAGAUACGGUUGAAAUUCUGGUUCUAGAUGAGGCCGACCGAAUGCUUGAGGAUGGGUUUGCCGACGAACUGAACGAGAUCCUUACGACUCUACCCAAGUCACGGCAAACAAUGCUAUUCUCCGCUACCAUGACUUCUUCCGUUGACCGACUUAUCCGCGCCGGUCUAAACAAACCAGUACGAGUAAUGGUAGAUUCUCAAAGGAAAACGAACGACAAGCUAGAACAAAAGUUUGUCAGGUUAAGACCAGGUCGGGAAGACAAGAGAAUGGGUUAUCUCAUCCAUAUCUGUAAAACGAUGCAUACUGAGCGUGUUAUCAUAUUCUUCAGACAAAAGAAGGAAGCCCAUCGUGCUCGGAUCGUUUUUGCCUUAUUUAACCUGUCGUGCGCCGAACUACACGGAAGUAUGAAUCAGGCACAGCGUAUUUCAAGUGUCGAAUCCUUCCGGGAUGGUAAAGUGUCUUUUCUGCUUGCCACUGAUCUGGCUUCUCGAGGUCUUGAUAUUAAAGGUGUGGAUACCGUUAUCAACUACGAAGGCCCACAAACCCACGAGAUAUACGUACAUCGUGUAGGGCGUACUGCACGAGCUGGACGUUCGGGUGUUGCUAUCACGCUAGCGGCAGAACCUGACCGGAAAGUCGUAAAAGCGGCGGUUAGAUCUGGAAAGGCCCAGGGGGCCAAGAUCAGUAGUUUGAUCAUUGAUCCUGCCGAUGCCGAUAAAUGGCAAGACAAGAUCGACGAGAUGGCUGAUGAGAUUGAGUCGAUUGCACAGGAAGAGAAGGAAGAGAAGCACCUGGCACAAGCAGAGAUGCAAAUAAAGAAGGGGGAGAAUAUGGUUAUUCACGAGGAUGAAAUCAAGUCGCGACCGAAGCGAACAUGGUUCGAAACACAACAUGAGAAGAAGAAGGCUAAGGAGGCCGGGAGGGCUGAGCUGAAUGGGCUGAUCGAGUCGCUAAAGAAAAAAGGGAACGGCAAGCUAAGCAAUAAGGAUAAGAAGAAGCUAGACGCAAGGUCAACAAGGACGGAGGGUAUGUGGAAGAAGGGCUCUGCCGAGAGGGCAGCUGUAACGAGUUUAAAUACUUGGUCCUCGGAAUCCUCCAAGGUGGCUCCAUCACGUCGAUUCCUACCUUCACGUCCUCAUCCCCAUCAUCGACAGAGCCUCCUCCAGUACCUUUUCCCACAUAACCUACGCGAACGCUACCGCGAGCGACUCAUCGGUUUCCACCUUGAUACCUUUCCUCACUACAAACACCGCCUCCAAAGUCGCAUCUAUCGCUUUAUCCUCGACCGUCAGCGCCGUCGCCGUGAGCAGUCGCGUCUCGUCGACCACGCGCGACGGCUGUUGCUCGGCUUACCAGCUCCUAAUACCAAGGGCCCGAGAGAUGGAUCAAGAUCUAUAUCGGGAAAGAUGACAACUAUGCCAGAAUAUGGGUUGGGGAGUGGGAACUUGGGCGCCGAUGGCGGACGCGAGAGAGGCUCGAGAAGAAGGAAGCUUGCAGCUAUGGCGGGCAGCAUGUACAGGGCUGGCGCAACGGCGGUAAAUGAGAUUAAAGAGUCUUACUAUCAGACAAGAUCGAGUGAUACCGAUACUUCAGAAGCGACCAGGAUCACAAUACCAGAUUCCUUCCCCGACGUUGCCAUUGUCACAAAGGGAAACGAGCAGAUGGUCUUAUUUCCGUCCUAUGCAAAGAGACACGUGAAGAAUCAACCUAGGCAAUUCGAAGAUCCGGCAGGACCACCGCAUACUUCAACUAUGAGUAUGAACGAACAGGAUUACUGGAGGAACGAGUGGUCGAGACACGAAGAUGAGAAAGCUAUUGUAGACGUAGAUGUCCGAGGCUGGAUAUACAUCCCUCACAGGAGCCCAAUGACUCGUCGCAACCGAAUAUUGAUUGGUCUGGCGAGACAGUUAAGCGGUAUUCCCGCUCCAAGGAUUCAACAGGCCGACCCAAGUGCUACUACGGAACCCUCUUUGGCGAGAAUACACGAACAACACGAGGAGGAACGUGAGCGAGAGAGGAUCGCACAAGAAGCCAAAGAAAUCGAGCGCAGGGGCAGGUUUGAGGAGGAAGCCGCGCAAAAAGGUGGCUAUAGUGAACGACCAAGGGAUGAAGAUUCUGAAGACGAAGGAAGCAGGCGACGCCCGGACCAGUACUCGCAAGAUAGCAGUAGAUCACCACCCUCUGCGCCAUCAUCACCUGUUCUCCGAGGGCGCACUAAUACAACAGGAACUACUGAGCUCACUGAGACAGAGCUGGCAGUUGCAAAUGCAAAUCUAAUGGCUCGUAUCGCGCCUUUUAUGACCACGCCGUUGGUUGAGAUUCCCAUCACCUUAUUCUUCUAUAACGAAAAGCAAGCCCAGUCGCGCACCGUAAAGACCAAUGAUUCAGGGCACUUUGUAAUAAGGGCGGCGCUCGACUUCGUUCCCACCCAUGUACGCGUGCUCGCGAACGAGGACAUAUCCUACACAGAACCAGUGCAGCUCAUCGAGCCGAAAGGAGUCAGCCUAAUAAGCGAUAUCGACGACACCAUCAAACGCUCAAACAUCUCUCUCGGCGCCAAGGAGAUAUUUCGAAACACCUUCAUUCGUGAGCUAGGUGACCUAACCGUAGACGGUGUUCAGGCAUGGUACAACGCUUUGCAUGACCUCGGCCUGUACCCGGUGUUAGCUACGUACUUCAAGUUAGCCGGCCUACCGCCAGGUUCGCUACAUUUGAAGCAGUAUACGGGCAUGCUUCAGGGCAUAUUCGAGCCCGUAGCCGAGCGGAAAAAGGGCACGCUAGAAAAGAUCAUGAGAGAUUUUCCGGAAAGGAAAUUUCUCCUAGUCGGUGAUAGCGGCGAAGCGGAUCUCGAGGUAUAUACGGAGUUGGCGGUUGCUAAUCCCGGGAGGAUAGUAGCCAUCUUCAUUCGAGACGUUACGACACCCGAGCAAACAGGCUAUUUCGAUUCCGGAUUCGACGCACGUAGUAACGGCGGACGCAUUCCUCGAACCAAUUCGAGCAUCCGGCUUAAUCAGGCAUCUUCUAGAAGUAGUAGCAGCGAUAGUAAAGAGAGUAGUCUAGCCGGAAGACCCCCGCUCCCUCCUCGAGUAACGACCACGCCGAAAUUGUCUAGCGGAGCCGUCGUGGGCGACCUAAUUGACCUGUCGGAGGAGCCGGAGCCGGAGCCACAGCCAGAACGGCUCCGGCGGGUCGAAUCGGAGCCCCAGACGGUAGGAAAACCUGCGCGACCGGCAGAUCUACUAGCACGGAAACCACCGCCACCGAGACCUGCGAAACCAAAAUCCCUACAAAGCACGCCGGCUGCGCCGGUACUAACUACCGAUGACGGCGGGCCUGCUAAAAAGCCCUCAGGCUCGGUGCCCCCGCAGCCGCCGGAGCCACGUAAGAUCAACCAGGCGAAUAAUAGAGCGUUGACACCUAGCCCGCUAGCGCAGAUGCAGGUGUCGUCUGACCACGCCAGCGGAAGGGACGGACUAAGAGCGUUGAAGAAGACUAAGAGUAACGGCCAGAUAUCCGAGAAUCUAAAUAUUCCUCCCCUCAACUCGUCAUCUAAGAUCGCGCCCCCUCCUCCGCCCCCGAGGCGAGGCACACCUUCCAGCACAACCACGACGACAAAAUCGAGCCCGCGACUCGUGGCGACUCGCGCUAGCGACAGCACCCUAGUCCGCCGCCGGACAACAGGGGACUCGGAGGUUGAGUUCGAGGGUUUGUCGCCUGGUAUUAAUGGUAGCGCUACGUAUAACAACGGGAGUCCAAAUGGACAGACGGCGGUUGUGAACAAGAAACUGGACUUGUGGCGCCGGCGGUUGCAACGUGCGCAGGAGACACUGGAACGGCACGGCGUGGCGCUGUAUACGUGGCGUCGCGGCGAUGAGGUGGUGGAUGAGGCAAUUGGGAUUGUGAAGAGAUGCAUGGAGGAGAUGGAUAGACGGUAG